UAUGGCGAACGCGCCAUGUCAUUUCUAUUUACAAAUUUAUUAAUAAAUUUCCUAAAUGUAUUUAAUUUUAAAAAAAUUAUAUACAUAGAAAAGGUGGUAUUUAGUGAUCGUGGUGAGUGAAACGGCUAUACGGCUUUAUCACUAGAGUGCUGGAAAUGCCACCGCUAUCGGGAGGAUUCGGUGAACAAAUAGAGGAUUACGAAGUAUUAAACUUACUUGGGAAAGGAGGAUUUGCAAGUGUAUAUCGAGCAAAAUGUCUUCGCAGUGGUAUAGAAGUUGCAAUAAAAAUGAUCGACAAAAAAUUAAUGCAAGCUGCUGGAAUGGUGGGUAGAGUACGACAAGAAGUAGGUAUUCAUUCAAGGUUGAAACACCCAGCAGUACUUGAAUUGUACACAUUCUUUGAAGAUGCCAACUAUGUUUAUUUGGUGUUAGAAUUAUGUCAUAAUGGAGAACUACAACGUUUUCUUAAAAUACAGGGCUCUCGUGCAAUACCUGAAGAGCAAGCUGGCCGUAUAAUAAGACAAGUAGUACAAGGAUUAUUAUAUUUACACUCACAUCAGAUACUUCAUAGAGACAUGUCUCUUUCUAAUUUACUUUUAACAAGAGACAUGCAAGUGAAAAUAGCAGAUUUUGGACUAGCUACUCAAUUGACAAGGCCUGAUGAGAAACACUUAACUAUGUGUGGUACUCCAAAUUACAUAUCACCUGAGAUAGCAACAAGAUCAUCACAUGGGUUAGAAGCAGAUGUAUGGAGUCUAGGAUGCAUGUUAUAUACUUUAUUAGUUGGCAAACCUCCAUUUGAUACAGAUGCCGUUAAAAGUACUUUAACACGUGUAGUCAUGGCUGAUUAUGUUAUGCCAGCACAUUUAUCAGAUAAUGCUAAAGAUCUAAUAGAUAAAUUAUUAAAAAAAAAUCCAAAGGACAGAAUUCGUUUGCGUGAUAUACCGAAACAUCCAUUUAUAGCUAAUUUGGAAAGAAAUAAAUUACACAGUGAAAAGAAUAAUAUGAGUAAAGGAUUAUUAGGAGAUGGUAUGAUUGAUUCAGGAGUUGGAAGAACAUUAUCCUCAUAUGGAAGACCAAGAAUGCGUUCUAGGUCAGAAGAAAGAAUGUCAACAAUGCCUAUUAUGUCGAAUGGUCUUGGACCUAUGAUUAGUGCAAGAAGUGAAGCUUUAUCUGAGCCUAUUGUAAAAACGCAUUCACGUAAAACAAAUUAUAUCGAUUAUUACGUUAAGCAAAAUUCCGUAUUAGUUGGAAUACCACCACCACCACAAAGUAAAAUUUUUUCACAAUGUGAGCAAUAUAGCGGUUGCGACGUGUAUCAAGAUAUUGACAAACACAAGUAUGAUAAAUAUAAAAAGAAAGAAAAGAUAGAAAAUUGUUUUGAAAGUACUGAAGAUGGAGGAAAGUUACAAACUUCACCUUUGUCAUCCGAAAGAUUGCAACCAACUAGACACAGAACGAAAAAUGCAAUUCUUACUAUUCUAGAAAAUGGAGAAGUUUGCAUAGAAUUUAUUAAACGUAGAAAUGGCAUCGAAAAAAUAAGUGAAGUAUGUCGAAUAUCAAGUGAUGGUUUAAGAGUUAUUCUCUACAAACCAGCAGCUCCAACAGAUGUUGGUGGCCAACCACCCGCGUUACCUGCUCGUGGAGCAGAUAGUAUUUAUUCAUACGAAAACUUACCUCCGCGCCAUCACAAAAAAUAUGUAUAUGCUUCUCGUUUUAUAAAACUUGUAAGAGCAAAAACUCCAAAAAUAACACUGUAUAGUCAACAAUCAAAAUGUUUAUUUAUGGAGAAUGGUCCACAUCCAGAUUGUGAAAUUCACUUUUAUAAUGGAGUAAAGAUCGCAUGCGUUGAUGGUGUCGUAAAAAUAACUGAAAGAAAUGAUGGCCCUAUUUAUAUCGAGGGUGAAUUUCCACCACAUUUCGAUGAUUAUUAUGAACAUUAUUCAGAAUGUUAUCAGCGUUGUUUGUUAUUAGAGUCUACUUUAACAUCUUUGGAAGCAGCUACAGGACAUUCUUGUUUUCCUAUUAUUAUUGGACGUAGGCCUAAUACGGCCUUAAAUGAUUCUCCUUGUUUACAAGGGAAAGAAAAUAUUUCGCAAGCAACAAAUAAUACACCCGUGAUGCCAUCCUUUGAUGCUAGUUCCGUUAUUUCAACGGUAGCCUCACGAUCACGAAAAAUGAAAUCGAUGAGAAAUACAAGUAAUAAUACUUAUAAAGUAGUAGUUCCGGGUAUAGGUACUGCAACACAAUUAUCUUCGGGAGAUAUUUGUGUUGAUUAUAAGGAUGGUUCUACUUUAACUGUAAGUCCUCCAAGCUAUGGCGGUGGUAUAGUUUAUGAAAGUAAUAACGGUACUGUUACUAAAUAUAAUCAACAUUAUCAACAAAACUUGGAAGUACCUCACGUUAUUAAAGAAAAAUUACAUCAAUUGCCAACAAUUAUUAAAUAUCUUUUUCAACCGAAACACAAAAAUAUCCGGUAG